UUCACCUCUAAAAUAAUCUCACCUAAAAUGGUAGAAAAUUAAAAAGAGAUUAUUUAAUAAAUAAAUAAAUCAUAUUGCCACAAAGGAGUGGAUUGCACAUAAUAUAAGAAUACAGGACUUCAAUAUUAAAUGUAGAGAACAUAUUUUAUAGGGAGCAUAACUGGUAGAAAGAGUAGUGAUGGGCCUAUAAAUUUCAUGACAAGCACGUUCAUCAACAGCCCCCACACAGGUGAAAAAUAAAAGAAAACAAAGAAAUUCCAUGAUUAAACAACAAAAGUAAGAUAAAGAGAAGCAGAAAAUAAACACAUAAAUAAAAAAAAGCAAAGCAAGGAUAACUCUUAACAGUGGUCCAUCACCAACAUCUAGAAAUUUGGUUCAGCAACAAGCAGUUUCCAUAAUUAUUACAUUCUGCUUCUUUUUCUUCUUCUCAGAUAUUAUUACAUUCUACAUUCUUCUUCUUCUAUCACCAAACCGAUCAAGGGAGAAAGAUGGGAAAGGCAGGUACAAGAUUGCCAAAUUUCUGCCUGAACAGGAUUAGGCCUCAUGUUAGAGUUCGUUCACCGCCUAUACAGUCCAAGCUUCAUAGUGCAAAUUCUGCUACUAAAAAUGAUCAGAAAACUACCGGUCAGAGUCUAGCAGGAAGCAUAACUACUGCUGUUGGAGUUGGAGAAGGGAAGUCAGGCGAUGAUGGAGUAAAACCCUUGGUUAUUAACGGUAGGAAAAUUAUGAUAGUGGUUGAUUCAAGUUUUGAAGCUAAAGGUGCUCUACUUUGGGCACUUUCUCACACUGUUCAAAGCCAGGAUCUUGUCAUUCUUCUUUAUGUUACCAAGCCAUCUAAACAAGCUACAAGUGAAGAGUCCAGCAAGGAAAAACCUCCAAGGGCUUAUGAUCUUGUAAAUUCCUUGAAGAAUAUGAGCCAGUUGAGGAGACCUGAGAUACAAAUUGAGACAGCAGUGGUGGAGGGAAAGGAGAAAGGACCAUUGAUAGUGGAAGAGGCAAAGAAACAAGGGGUGGCACUUCUAGUGCUUGGGCAGAAGAAGAGAUCAAUGACAUGGAGACUGAUUAUGAUGUGGGCAAGCAACAAAGUUACAGGUGGUGUUGUUGAAUAUUGCAUCCAGAAUGCUGAUUGCAUGGCAAUUGCAGUCAGAAGAAAAAGCAAAAAACAUGGAGGAUAUUUAAUCACUACUAAACGUCAUAAAGAUUUCUGGCUCUUAGCUUAAGAAAUUAACUUAAAACACAAAAGAAAAUAAUCAAUUUCAUGUCUACUUGUAUUUUAUUUUCUUGGUUUUAUGGUUCUUUAUGGGUGUCCUUUCUUUCUUUUUUCUUUGUUUUUUUUGUUUUGUUUAUGUAAACAUAUUGCUUGUAAAUGAUAAAAGUGUAUUGAGAAAUGAAAAGGGCAUUGGGGUG